CGUUGGUUUCCUGCAGCAGUGAGGAGAAGACAGACAGGGAAGACUCAACACCACCACCUCCACAAAACUACACUGUACAAUGAAAGUGUUAGCAAUAUCUCCCUCUCUGGAUAUCCGCUCCGUCACGGUUUUACUGCUGGUGAUGGGCCUCUCAACUCCCGGACAAGCAGAAAUCACCAGUCUGGACUCUGGCAACAUUGACGAUGUCCUAAAUAAUGCUGGGGUGGCAUUAGUGAAUUUUUAUGCAGACUGGUGUAGGUUCAGUCAGAUGCUCCAUCCAGUUUUCGAGGAGGCAUCUAACUUAGUGAGAGAGGAGUUCCCUGAUACCAAGCAGGUGGUGUUUGCGCGCGUUGACUGUGACCAACAUUCGGACAUCGCCCAGCGGUACCGCAUCACUAAGUAUCCAACGCUGAAGUUGUUCCGCAACGGGAUGAUGAUGAAGAGAGAGUACAGGGGUCAGAGGUCCGUGGCGGCCAUCGCUGACUUUAUCCGCCAGCAGCAGGUUGACCCCGUGAAAGAGAUCCAGUCACUGGAGGAAGUUAAAACUGUAGAUAGGAGCAAGAGGAACAUCAUUGGUUACUUUGAUAAAAAGGACUCAGACAGCUACCACACAUAUGAAAAAGUUGCCAACAUCCUUCGGGACGACUGCAUGUUCCUGGCUGCUUUCGGUGAUGUGUCUGAGUCUGAGCGCUUCAGCGGAGAAAACGUGAUCUACAAACCUGUGGGGGAGAGUGUCCCUGACAUGGUCUACCUCGGUUCACUCAGCAACUUCGACCUGACCUACGCUUGGGCCCAGGACAAGUGCGUGCCUCUGGUCAGGGAGAUCACCUUUGAAAAUGGAGAGGAGCUGACUGAAGAAGGGAUACCAUUCCUCAUCUUGUUCCAUAUUAAAGAGGACACAGAGAGCUUAGAGAAGUUCCAACACGAAGUAGCUCGCCAGCUCAUCAGUGAGAAAGGGUCCAUAAACUUCCUGCAUGCGGAUUGCGAUAAGUUCCGCCAUCCUCUGCUCCAUAUCCAGAAAACUCCAGCUGACUGUCCUGUUAUCGCUAUAGACUCAUUCAGGCACAUGUAUGUGUUUCCUGACUUUAAAGACCUUGCCAUCCCCGGCAAGUUGAAACAGUUUGUGUUGGACCUUCACUCUGGAAAGCUACACCGAGAAUUUCACCAUGGUCCCGACCCCACAGAGACCACACCUGGACAGGAGGAGACGGAAGGAGAAGCGGCCAGCAGCCCUCCAGAGAGCUCGUUCCAGAAGCUGGCGCCCAGUGAGACCCGCUACACCAUCCUCAGCCGGGGACGUGACGAGCUGUGACCUCAACGGCCUUCCAGUGAUCCUGUGACUCAAUGCCACGCCCCGGGGUCAGGGAGGGGGUUAGGGUUGGGACAGGCCAGCGGGACAGAACAGCAACACCCAACACCCUUACUGAAGAGAGAAAGAGAGAGAUGAGGAGGAGGAGAAAAAAAGAGAAUGAAGACGGAGGAGGAGAAAAAGAAGAACGGGAGGAGGAGAGCAGAUGAGCGCAGUCCAUGACACAACCAUGUUGGAAUAACCUAUAUUUUCAUAACUCUUUCACGUACAAUUUUUAUUUUGGAUUAAAAGGAAGAGGGUUAAAGAAGGAGGUGUGUGUGGGUAGGGGUUAGGGGCAUUAGGACAUCAAGAGAAGUGUUUUUACGUUUUGUUUUUUGGAGCUUGUAUAUAUGUUUGUGCUACAUGGGAGUCUCAUUGUUGGUCUAAAUUAAAUGCAGAGUUUUCUUU